AUGAAGGAUAAUAAAGACGGAUCCGUUCGCUCGAGCAUCGACGACGCUGAUCGUGUGCGGGCGAGGAAGACAAAGGAUGCAACGAUGGGCGCGGACGAUGUGCGGCUCGCCGAGCUGGGAUAUAAGAGCGAGUUCCAGCGGGAGUUCUCGGUUCUCGAAACGAUUGCGUUUUCGUUCUCGAUCAUGGCCGUCAUACCGGGCGUCUCUUCAACGCUCGGGCUCGCGCUGGCCUCCGGCGGACACGUCGGUAUGGUGUGGGGGUGGUUCAUCCCCUGCUUUUUCGUAAUGUGCAUCGCAGCGUCCAUGGCAGAGAUGGCGUCGUCCAUGCCGCAACGCGGGGUUGUACUAUUUCUCGGCCAAACUCGCGCCCGUGAAGUAUUCGGCACUGGCAAGCUGGAUAACAGGCUGGGCGAACAUCACGGGCCAGGUGACGCUGGUCUGUUCCAUCGAUUAUACAGUAUGAUCACGACGGCUGUGGCCGUCGGAACAGAUGGUACCGUUAAUUUAGGUACAGGGCCUACCUAUGGAAUAUUGCUUGCAAUCCUGUUCAUCCAUGGGGUGAUAUGUUCGGCCGGUACGAAGAUACUGGCGCGUCUGAACUUGUUCUACGCUUUCGUGACCUUGGGAACAACUGUCGGCGCAAUCAUUGCAUUGUUCGUAUGCUCCGGCGAAAACAGAGUGUCAGCGAAGGAUGCAUUUACGCUGUACGAGAACCACACCGGCUGGUCCAACAGCGGCUGGGCCUUUUUGUUGUGCUUCACUGUUCCGAUGUGGCAAUUCACUGGGUACGACUCUGCAGCGCAUAUCUCCGAGGAAAUCCGCGGGGCGGCGAAGGCAGCCCCACUGGCCAUCCUCGUGUCGGUGGCAUCGGUUGCGAUCCUGGGCUGGAUUCUUUCCAUCUCCGCGUCGUUCGCCACCGCAUCGGUGGCCGACCUCCUCGCGACUGACCUCGCCCUGCCGAUGGGCCAGCUCUACCUCGACGUUGUCGGCAAGAGAGGCAUGCUCGCCAUCUGGUCCCUCACCACCACUGUCCAGGCAAGUGGAUACGCUUUCCUCUGCGGCGCGGCACAGGGUGUCGAUGCCUCUCGCGUGGUGUUCGCCUUUGCGAGGGAUAACGAGCUCCCCGGCUCGCGCUGGUGGAAGAAGGUCAAUAGCUACACGCAGACGCCUGUCAACGCCGUGUGGCUCGUUAUGGUCCUCGCUGCAGUCUGUGGGCUCCUCGGGUUUUCGUCUACGGCAUUGACUUCGCUUGUCAGUGCAUCGGUAAUAGGCAUGUACGCCUCGUAUACGACCCCCAUUUUUCUCCGUGUCACGUCCGGAAGGGACAAGCUCGUGCCAGGUCCGUUCUCGCUAGGGAAGUGGUACUUACCGAUAGGAUGUGCUGCAGUGGCGUGGGUGACGUUUAUCAUCGUCUUGCUGAGUUUCCCAACUGUACAGAUCGCCACCGCAGAAACCAUGAAUUAUGCUGUCGUGAUUAUCAUGGCGGUCUUCAUAUUUGCAUCCUGUUCAUGGAUCAUAUCUGCGAGACGAUGGUUUGUGGGCCCACUUCCGAACAUUGAUGAUGGAAGCACUGUAGCAUCCCUAGACGAAAAAUAA